CGUGUAUAAAUCAACCGCAGAGCCAAUUUUCUGCAGUGAAAUGUUUUACGAUAGAGCAGAUUGCAUUUUACAUAGACUGCGAAAUAUGGAACAUCUUUUGGGCUUUAUUCUGAUAUGUAUCUCACUUGCGUGCAUGUCUAAUGCUGAUGAGGUUGGCUGCAAAAAAACAAAAGUCUAUGAGUGCAAUACACAUAGUGACUGUGAAAACUAUGGAUUAAAAGGAAACGCCUGCGUUGACAAAAAUGGAAAGAAAAUCUGUAUGAGAUGUCAAUGUGCAAAAUUUCAUCAAUGUAGAUGGGAUAAAAAUGAACUUGUUUGUGAUAACUGUGAAGAAGGUUUUUUCGGUGAUCAUUGUGAAUGUCAAAACGAAACUAGUCCUUGUGACCCAAACCCUUGUGUGAAUGGUUUCUGUAUAGAAGAUGGUCAAAGUUACCAUUGUGAAUGUAAACCUGGAUGGGAAGGACCGCACUGUGAUGCAGAUGUUAAUGAAUGUUUAUCAAGUCCAUGUGGAGUUGGUAGUUGUAUCAAUGAAAUAAACAGAUAUAAAUGCAAAUGUCCAAACGGUUAUGUAGACAACUGUCAAGGUGUAAAUCCUGAAUGGACUAAUCUUAUUAUCGGUUACCGAAGCGUGGAUGCUUCUUCAACAUUUAGUCCUUCCCUUGGACCAAACAAUGCCGUAGAUAACAUCUUUGGAAAAACAUUUGGGUACUUAUACCACAGCGAUUGGGAAGAUUAUAACCCAUGGAUUGAAAUACAGCUCAUAAAAGAAUACGGAAUCAAUAGAGUCGUUAUUUAUAACAGACAGGAACAAGGCUGUAAUUUAGAAUACGAUUAUGAAAAAGGCACAGCUGUAGACUGUGGGGCUAGACUUAGGGAUUUGACGAUAUAUGUUGGAGACAAUCUUUGUGCACAAUAUGCAGGUCCUGCAACGAAUCAAUAUUAUGUCGAAAUACUAUGCAAUCAACGAACGUAUGGAGAUUCUCUUAAAGUAGUAAAAGACGGACUCUGGCUUCACUUUGCUGAAAUACAAGCAUUUUAUAACUAACUCAUAGUAUAUAUAUCUAGAAGAGGGAUUAUACAUUACGAGAAUGUCUAAGUCGCGCCAUGACAAAACCAACAUAAUGCGUUUGCGACCUGGAUGGAUCCAGACCAGCCUGCGCAUCCACGCAGUCUGAUCAGGAUCCAUGCUGUUCGCUUUCAAUUUUUCUACUUGUUAUAGGGUUUGUAAGCCCUGAUCAGACUGCGCGGAUCUGGAUCCAUGCUGGUCGCAAACGCAUUAUGUUGGUUUUGUCGUGAUGCGGCUCAAAUUGUGCUUAUGCUUAAUCUUCGUAAGAGCUGGCUGAAAAUUGUUGCUUUAUUUUAAUUAGUUUGGGGAAAAAUGCUAUAGAAGUAAUAGAUAAAUUAAUGUAAACAUUCACUUGGAUAUUAUUAUGUUACUUUUCGCGGGAUCAGUGAAAGAUUAUUACUUUUUGAAAUGGAUAAAUAGUAAAAUUUUACAUCAAUUUAAUUUUUUUACCUAUAUGCUCUAAAAAUAUUUAUAAGUUGUGUAUGCAUGUAUGUUUAAUUUUUCAAGAGAAGUGUUAACUUUAAAGUUAAAAUGUAAUAAUCUUUCACAUAAAAAUAUAUAAUAAA